GUUGAACUUUGAGUGUCGUAACUUCACAGAUGUUGUUUAUGAUCAAACAGCAACAUUACACACUAACUAAAGUCAAAAAAGUUAAAUCAUAAUCAACCACCCCUUCAAGCAUAAAAUUGACAAAACUCUUUGAUUUCUCUGAAAUCAACACGUAAAUUCUUCUGACGUUUUGCUUCUCAAGUGGAAAUGUCUUGUUUUAAGGAUGAAUAGAUGAAUGUGUAGGAAAACGAGACAAAAACACUAAGAACAUGAUGUUUUGGAGGGUGGAGCUCGUCAUGAGUGAGACAUAAAUGAAAGUCUGCUAAUUGACACCAGUUGUGCUGCUGGAGCCGUUUGAGAGGAACCUCAUGUUCAGUUACACACACACACACACACACACACACACACACACACACACACACACAUGUGCCCCUGUUGUGGAACGAAGGUUUGACUGAUAAUGUGAUGAAAGUCAUGAGAAAGUCCCUCACUAUCAAACUCUUCUGGAGAAUUUUUAGCUGAUGAAGAAAAUCCAGACGCUGUGGAAAGAAACUGGCAAUUCAGAUCGAAAAAGUCGGAAGCAAAACCUAAGCGGAAAUUGAGUUUAAUGUGAUGGAAAACUGACACGCCAUCACUGAAUUAUCACUGACACGCGUCGACUGUCAUUAUAAGACUUUGAACAGACGCUGAAAUUCAGUCGAUUCAAGUCAUUUCAGUACAGACUGAUUCAAAGCAGCAAUAAACUGAAUGAAUGACGCAAACUUCAUCAGAUAUUAGACGAAUUCAGCUGUAAAGCAGCUCUAAAAAGUCAUUAUCUGAUAGUCAAAUCAAUAAUAUCACUAAAUAUUAACUGCCUUUUGGGGGAACUCCAGUUUUACGGUUUGUGUGUUUCAGUUCAUGUGUGAUUUAUCUCUUUUCUGGUCUGUUUUCUUUCUCUUUCCAGGAACAUUUAGUGUUUCUCCAGGGAGCAGGUAACGGGAAAAGCUAAAAACCUGGAGCGGAUGUUCCUGAAAUUGAACUCCAAAGUAAAACUCCAGUAAAACCCGAGAGGAGAGGCUGCUGACUGCAGAGCGAAUGGGCGGAGCUUAAGGACCUCCAGCGAGGAGGAGCCAAUGUAAUUUAUGGGUUGAGAUAAUAUCCAACCACACCAUAACUCCACCCACAACUCUAUCCCUCCACCUAUUAGACAUCCAGAGAGGUGGAGCUGGAGUUGGCUCUGCAGUGAGUACCACUUGGACCAGAGCGCCAUCUACAGUUACAAUGAGAGGGUUCGAGAGUCCGCGACUGAACAAAACUCUGAGAGGAUUUGAGCGGUAAGAUGAUUCUAACGUAAACGCCUCUGAUUGGCCAUUGCGUUUUAAAGAUCAACGGACAUGUCUGUGAUUGGCUACACUCUCCUCGCUGCAAAAGUAGAAACAUUUGACGCUUUCCAGACUUUUCUGCAGGAUAUAAAGUAAAUGAUGUCCGGCUGCAGGAAGUUCUCUUUAAUUAGGAAGUAUAGAAGACGAUUUUCACCACAUAUGAAAAAUCGCGCUUUUGUAAAUCAUUAUUAUGACUUAAAAAGUAGUAACGAUGAUAUUACUAAGUCAUUAAAAGUCGAAAUAAUGACUUAAAAAGGUUUUUUUUAAUUGCAAAAUUUGAACAUACAUACAGGAUCAGGGAAAUAAAGUGUGGUACAUUAUAUAGCCUAACGUUACAUUAAAAGAACGGAAAAAAAUAUCCUGAAUUUUCAUACAUGAAAUAAUAAAGAAAAGCACAAUAAUUAGGUUAAAUCACAUCUUUAAAUAAAUCAUCAUAAUGCAUCAAAAAUUUUGCGCUUUUUUGUUAUUUAUAAGUCUGAGGGAUAAAAUAAAGGAGUUAAAUUCAGCAAGAAAAAGAGGAAAGCUUAGGAGAUUUAAGCCACGAAUGAAGAAUUUUGCAUACAAGAUAAAAAAAAUUCUGAAUUUCUUUAACCUAAUGACUUAAAAAGUCGAAAGUAUGUCAUAAUAAUCAUGACAUCUCAUAAUUUUGACAUUUUAUAUCAUAAUUUUGACAUUUUAAUGUUAUGACUUUUGUCAUUAUGAAUUAAGACUUUUUAUCUGAUAAUUAUGAAUUGAUCAUUUUGAUUUUUCUUAUUAGCAUCAAAUUUCUGUGGUAAAAUUGCAGAACAGGAACACAACAACGUCAUGUUUUUAAUUCACUUUUUAUGUGACAUUUUAAUGUCUAGAAGCUUUAAUCAUCAGAAUAUCGCUGUCGAAAACACAGUCGGAUCAUUUCCUGCUUUAGAGUGGCAUUUGUUUGUUUUAUGAUGUGAAUAUCUCAACCAACCUGGACUGAUAAUGAAACUGAAGAUUUCAUGAAGAUAAAGAAACACCUGCUCAUGUGUUAUAAAUGACCUCGAAACAGGCCUGUUUUACAAAAGUCCACAUUAUAACAGUUAUAGAUGAUGAUUAUGAAUUCUACAAUAAACUAUCAAAACUUGACCAUAAACAGCUGACGGUUUUAUCUGACAUCAGAAUGCGGCAGCACUUGUUUACAGUGAGGCACUACUAGAGAACAGGGAAGGGAAGUUGGUUUAAUGGGAAUAGGAAGACGUCAGUUUCCUUUAUGUAGAUGAGCUGCUUAAGCUCCGCCCCCACAGGUAUAAAUAUGUGUGACAGGUGAAGCUGCGCUCAGACUUCAUGCUGAUCUGACUGAAGAAACUCACCAAGCUUCAUUCAUUCAGUCGUCUCAGAAUGGGCUUCGGCAGUAACGGCGAGCUGAUAGACAGCAGGUCAAAGGUCGGCUUCUGCUCGGGCUCGUGUCACGCCGAACACAUCCUGCAGGUGCUGAACGCCUACAGACGCAGCGGCACCUUCACGGACGUGGUGCUGCAGGUGGACGGCUGCGAGUUCCCGUGUCACCGCGCCUCGCUCUGCGCCAGCAGCCAGUACUUCCGCUCCAUGUUCAGCAGCCGCUUCCAGGAGAGCCGGCAGACGGUGAUCAAGCUGCAGGGGAUCUCCGGGAAGGCCAUGGAUCAGCUGCUGGACUUCAUGUACGAGGGCCGGCUGAAGCUGGACGAGGAGAACGUGGAGAGCCUCUUCCAGGCCGCCGACCUUCUGGAAGUGUCCGUGCUUUCCAGAGCGUGCGUGCAGUUCCUGCAGGAGCGCGUCUGCCACUCCAACUGCCUCGGCCUCAUGGACUUCGCCAGCUCGUACUUCCUGCAGCCGCUGCAGGAGCAGUGCCAGACGCUGCUGUACCGCGACUUCCAGCAGGUGCUGCAGCACGACGAGUUCCUCGGCCUGCAGAAGGAGCGGGUGCUGGAGCUGCUGGCCUGCGAGCGGCUGCAGGUGAGCGAGGAGGUUCUGGUGACGGCCGUGCUCCGCUGGGUCCAGCACCGGCCGGCCGAGAGGAAAGCGGCUCUGCGGGAGCUGCUGGAGAAGCUGCGUCUCCCUCUGCUGGAUCCGGCGUUCUUCGCCGGCACGCUGGAGGCCGACGAGCUGGUGCUGGACUGCAGGGAGAUCAGGCCGCUGCUGCAGGAGGCGCGCGUGUAUCACGCGUACGGACGAGAGGUGCAGUCGGAGCGCACCAGACCCCGCCGGAGCUCUGGCUGGGCCGAGAUGAUCUUCGUGAUCGGAGGCUGUGAUAAGAACGGUUUCCCCAGACUGUCCUUCAUGGAGAAGUUGAGUCUGGCAUCAGGAGAAUGGCUCCAAGCCAACGUUCUGCCCGGAUACUCCAAAUCUGAGUUUGCAGCCUGUGAACUUCAGAACGACAUUUAUUUAUCAGGCGGGCAGCUGAACAGCGCAGACGUGUGGCGCUACAUGACGCAGCUCAAUCAGUGGGUCCGUGUCCGCGGGCUGAACAAAGGCAGAUGGAGGCAUAAGAUGGUGUCCAUGUGUGGGAAGCUGUACGUGAUCGGCGGGUAUAACGGCCGUGAGCGUCUGUCCAGCGUGGAGUGUUACAGUCCGCAUGAGAACACCUGGACGAGCGUCUCCGACCUGCUGAUGCCCGUGAGUUCUGCCGCUCUGAGCAGCUGCGCCGGGAAACUCUACGUCAUCGGAGGAGCCGUGAGCGAACACGCCAACACGAACCAGGUGCAGUGUUAUGACCCGGUGAUGAACAGAUGGUCGUAUGUGGCGAACUGUCCGUUCUCUCAGCGCUCCAUCAACGCCGUCACACUCAACGGAUGCAUCUACGUGACCGGAGGAUUGCUGGAUCAGAUCUUCUGUUACUCGCCCAAGAAAGACUGCUGGAGUUCAGCUGCGGCGCUGCCCAUCAAACUGGAGGGCUGCGGACUGACCGCGUGCGACGGGAAGGUUUAUGUCGUCGGUGGUCGGAACGAGUCUUCCGCUGCCGUCGAUCAGAUCUGGGCGUUUGAUCCAGUGAGCGGCAGACUGACGGAGGAGAAGCCGCUGUCGCGCUGCCUGAGUUAUCACGGCUGUGUGACCGUUCUGCAGCGACUCUGACGAACACACGCUCUUCAUGGACUAUAACUGAGGCAUCUAGUUCAACUAGAUCAUGACAUGAUCCGAUCCACUGCGCUCGACUGGCAAUCAUGAAAAUCUCUGGAACGCACAUGAAUUUAACAGUCAUAUUGUUGGUUAUAAACUGUAAUCUGAUGAAAUGUUGGUGGAAUCGCAAGCAAAAAACAACACUGUUAUCAGGUUCUGGUUUGUGUCGCUCACUGCUGGAAAUCCCAAUGUGAAAUUGAAAAACUGUGAAUGUUUUUAACCUCUUUGUGUUUGUAAAGUUAUACGUGUUUAAAUAAAGUAUGUAUCAUUUUA